CAAAGGAACAUCACAAUUCACACAUACAUAGCUUGGUAGUUACUACCAGUAAAGACAGAACAGAAGUUGAAGGCCUAAAGUCGUUGAAAGUUCAGGGUCAGGUUGGUUCCAAAACCGCCUAUUCGAUCUGAAACUGAAAAGGUCACUUCUACAAACCCCACAGCCUCCUUUGCUUCUCCGCUUAAAUUGAUGGAGGACGAAAAAUGGCAGUGUGUCUGAGAAAAUCCUGGCCUUACUCAAAGACUUCGGUCUUUGCUACUCUAUCAAAUCUCCGCCGCCGCCGAAGCGACGAUGCCCAACAACUCCUCCGCAUUGUCUCCUCCAUUGCCCUCCUUCAUGCGGAAACCAAUUGGGGAACACGAGGCGGAAGACGAGAGCAAAACCAGCUGCUUAACGGUAGCCCUCUGCCCUUGUCUCGUUUGCUUCAUUCUCCUGACGAUUGUAGUCUCCGUCGUACUUAUUGUCAAGUUCCAUUUAUUUUGCCGCACCCCACUUCAUUCUUUCCUCUUCAAGAAAACUUGUCACUCCCACUAGGCCUCCCGAGAAAAGCUGGACCCUUUAAUUCUACUGCUUCGAUUGUUGCAAACCUUAGUAACAAUCGGCACCAAUUUAGGAGAUUUUGUAGUAUUACUGAUUGUGAGUUUGAGGAUUUUUCGAAUUCUGAUGUUGAAUCCGAGUUAGAGAAUAGUGAUAUUGCUGAGAGUGUGAAAUCCGAGGCCGAUCCCAAUGAGGUGGAUAGAGUAUGCAAGGUUAUCGACGAAUUGUUUACGUUGGAUAGGAACAUGGAGGCGGUUUUAGAUGAAUCUGGGAUUAAUUUGAGCCAUGAUUUGGUGGUGGAUGUGUUAGAGAGGUUUAAGCAUGCUAGAAAACCAGCAUUUCGGUUCUUCUGCUGGGCUUCUCGGAGGAGUGAUUAUGCUCACGAUUCGAGAACUUAUAAUGCGAUGAUGAAUAUACUUGGGAAAACUAGGCAAUUUGAGACUAUGGUGUCACUUCUUGAAGAAAUGGGCGAAAAGGGGUUGCUCACUAUGGAGACUUUUAUCAUCUCUAUGAAAGCUUUUGUGGCGGCCAAAGAGAGGAAGAAGGCGAUAGGGAUGUUUGAGUUGAUGAAGAAGUAUAAGUUUAAAGUUGGAGUCGAGACCAUUAAUUGUUUGCUUGAUGCCAUGGGGAGGGCUAAGCUAGGAAAAGAGGCCCAGAUUCUGUUUGAGAAAUUGGAGCAUAGGUGUACACCAAAUUUGCAGACUUAUACUGUUUUGCUCAAUGGUUGGUGCAGGGUGAAGAACUUGAUGGAGGCUGGGAAGGUGUGGAAUGAGAUGAUUGACAAGGGUUUUAAGCCUGAUAUUGUUGCUCAUAAUACCAUGCUUGAGGGGUUGUUGAGAGGUCACAGGAAGUCUGAUGCAAUCAAGCUGUUUGAGGUCAUGAAGGCCAAGGGUCCAGCUCCUAAUGUUAGAAGCUAUACCAUAUUAAUGAGGGACUUUUGCAAACAAAGAAAGAUGAGAGAAGCUGCUGAUUACUUUGAUGAAAUGAUUAGGUCUGGAUGCGAGCCAGAUGCCGGGGCUUACACAUGCUUGAUUACGGGCUAUGGGAAUGAAAAGAAAAUGGAUAAGGUGUAUAGCUUGUUGAAGGAGAUGAAGGUAAAGGGAUAUCCUCCUGAUGCACGAAUGUACAAUGCUCUAAUCAAGUUGAUGGCAAACAGGCAAAUGCCAGAUGAUGCAGUCAGGAUUUAUAAGAAGAUGAUCCAGAAUGGGAUUCAACCAACCAUUCACACUUUCAACAUGAUGAUGAAAUCAUUCUUCUUGACGAGGAAUUAUAAUAUGGGCCAUGAUGUUUGGGAGGAGAUGAAUAGCAAAGGUUGUUGUCCUGAUGAAAAUUCUUAUGUCGUUAUGAUCAGAGGGCUUAUAAGGCAGGGAAGAUCAGUUGAGGCUUGUAAAUUCUUGGAGGAAAUGAUAGCAAAAGGCAUGAAAGCACCUCAACUUGAUUAUAAUAAAUUUGCAGCAGAUUUUUCUCGAGCUGGUAAACCUGAUAUACUGGAGGAGUUGGCUCAAAAGAUGAAAUUCUCAGGGAAGUUUGAGGAUUCUAAUCUCUUUGGAAGGUGGGCAGAGAUGAUGAAGAAACGGGUUAAAAGAAGGGAUCCCAUUAGAACUGAUGGGCGGCGUGCCUGAGUAACUAGCUCAAAACAGUUGUUAUUUCUUCUUGUAAACUACUGAAAAACUUGGAUUUAAUUUUCCAAAAUUUCCAUGUCGUUGGACUGAUAGUAACACAUUAUUUUACGACCACCUGAUUUCCGUUGAAAGGUAGAUAGUUUGUGAUUAGAGUUCCCAUUGCUAUGUUCAAGGUUUUUCUUUUCGGUUUGGGAGUUGAUGGGCUUUUGUCACUUUGUUGUGCUGGAAGGGGCUAGUGGCCUUGAAGGUGAACUAUCGCCUUUGAAGUGCUAUUAGCACGGUAUAUAUUUCUAAGCAGUGCAUCUCUACCUCC